CUUUCUCUCUCCUUUCAUUUUCUCUCUCUAAAACCAACCACCGCUCGCCUUUUCUCUGUGGAGCUCGCCACCAUGCCGACAACCACCGGCACCGGCACCGGCACCUCCACCACCGGAAUCCUCCACCGCCUGGCCUCCGACGAUCAAGACGUCAAGCUCAAGGCUCUCCGUGAGCUCAAGAACCAAAUCAUUGGUAACCGCACCAAGAAGCUCUCGUUCCUCAAGCUCGGCGCCGUACCUGCUGUCGCCGCUAUCCUAGCCGACGCCGUUUCGGCCGAUGACGUCGUCAAUGACAAUAAUUAUGAUAAUAAGAAUAAUGAUCAUAAUUGUAGUGUUAACAAAAAUAUUAUUGUACAGUCAGCUGCGGUGCUUGGCAGCUUCGCUUGCGGCUUCGACGCCGGAGUCCAAGCCGUUCUUGAAGCUGGCGCGUUUCCGAAUUUGUCGCGGCUCCUUUCGAAUCUCGAUGACAAGGUGGUGGGUGCUGGUGCUCGUUCUCUUAAAAUGAUUUAUCAAUCAAAAUUUGCUCCAAAGUAUGAUUUCCUUGAAGAGAAAAACGUGGAAUUUCUUCUUUCAUUACUGAAUAAUGGAAAUGAAAAUGUUAAUGGGCUUGGUGCAAGUAUUAUUACCCAUUCCUGUAAGACAAGUUUAGAGCAGAAGAUAUUGUUUGAUGCUGGGGUUUUAAAGAAGCUUACCAGCCUUCUUAAAGGUUCUUUAAGUCAGAGAGAUGCCAGUUUAGAGUCUCUAGCGACAAUCUUCAAAAACAAUCCUGAAGUUGUUUUAAAGUUUGUUGGACCUGACAGUGGAAGAGCUUUGGGUUCUAUAAUUGAAUUAGUGAAGGAUAGGUUUAUCCGGACAAGAUUGUUGGCUUCGUCAUGCUUGAUUGUCAUAAGGAAUACGUCUCCUUGCUAUCUGCAAGAUGUAGGAAUCAAAGCCAAACUUAUAAAUACUCUACUUGAGCUUCUAGAUGAUCCUGGUCAUAUUGGAGAAGAAGCUUCCUUUGCUUUCUCUAGUUUGAUAACACAAAAGGAAGAUAUGCAGAAACUAGCAUUUGAGCUUAAUGCUAUCGAUAAACUUUACAACCAUUUACAAAAGGGUUCAUUACAUCCUAGACGGUUUGAAGGAAUAUUGUUGGCAUUGGCUGACAUGUGCUCAAAGUUGGAAUGUUGCAGGGCUAGAUUUUUGUCGUUGCAGGUAUUGAACUUGGUAAUAGAUGCUCUAGCACAUGAAAGUGCUGAUGUGCGUACUGCAGCUUGCAUUUGCUUAAGAAGCGUAUCUCGAUCAAUCAAGAAUUUGAGUGCAGGUUAUUUUAUGAAUGAAACGGUUGUCAUUCCCUUGGUUCAGCUUUUAAAUGACCCUUCUACUUCUGUCCAGGUUGCUGCUCUUGGUGCUAUUAGCAACAUAGUGGUUGAUCUUACAACUCGUAGGUCAACAUUUAUACGGUGUGGAGGUGUGAAACAGCUUGUUCAGUUAUCAAAAUCAAUGGAUGCAACUAUUAGGUUAAAUGCUUUAUGGGCUUUGAGGAACUUAAUGUUCCUAGCAGAAAAUAAGUGUAAGGAAGGAGUAUUUUCGGAGCUUACUGCACCCUUAUUAGCAAGUCUUAUCUGUGACCCUGAAUCUUUUGUUCAAGAGCAAGCUCUGGCCCUUGUUUGUAAUCUUAUUGAUGGAUGUAUAGACUCUGUUGAGUAUAUGUUUGCUGAAGAUGGUGUUAUAUUUGAUGCUGUUGGAAGACAAUUACAGAGUGCUUCAAAAGCUGAAAUUGGAAUACAGGGAAUGUAUGUGCUCAGCAAUGUGGCAACUGGAAAAGAGUUUCAUAAGGAAGCAGUAAUAAACCAACUCCUUCCACAUGCGGACAACGGAACCCAAUCCUGUAUAAUUAAGUUUUUGCAGAGUAACGACAGCCGAUUACGUACUGCUGCUGUUUGGGCUAUAGUAAAUCUAACUUGUUCAAGUCCAGGUGCAUUUAGCAGGAGUGUAAAACUACGUGAUGCUGGCAUAGUUUCUCAAAUGAAGGAAAUGGUGAACGAUCCCUGCCUGGAUGUAAAGCUACGGGUCAGAACAGCGCUCGGACAGUUUACGACUUUUGAGGAUGGCUCAAUAUGAUCUUUGUUGAACCAAAGCAAAGAAAACUUAUACUGAUAGAGUUUCUGGAUUUUGGUUUUGACCUUGUUUGUAAGAUACUGUUCAGAUUUUCUCUGGAGGCUUUCAACAGUGUGGCCCGACAAAUUGCUUUGAGUUUUUUGUAGUCAGAGCGGUGUAAGAGCUAUCUUUCAUUGUUGGUACUGCCGACCAGGUUACAUUUGUAAAUCUCAUUCCAUUGAUACAUACAUAUUUUUGUUAAAUUUUUGUAUGUAUCAGAUAGUGAUAUAAACUGUAUAAUUAUGUACCAUCUGAAUUGUAUAUUGCCUGUGAUAGACUGCAGCGGUUUCUUCUAAUUUCUAUUUAGCUGUUUCCGGCUUCAAUCUAUUAGCUUUCUUUUGUCGUGCUAUCAUGUUGAUGCAUUCCCCGUGUUUAUUGCUCUUGUGGAAGCUUAACUUAUUGGGUUCUCGAUAUGGAAAAAACUCUGUUGUAAUUUCUCCUUUUGCUGUUUAUCCAAUAAUCUGACAAUGUAAUGUUGAUUC